CUUGUCACGUCCUUUUUCAUUCCCUACUCCCAAAAAACACCCAGAAUUCCACGCUUCCCCUUUGCCCCCUCCCCUUCCCCUUCCCCUUCCCUCCUUCCUUCUCUUUUGCUUUUUUGGCCUUUUUUUUUUCUUCAAUCCCACCACAGCAUUUAUUCAUUAGUCAACCUCAUGUUUCUUCCUCUUUGUUCCUUCUUAAACCAACACUAACACCCUCCCUUUGUAUUCUCCUCAUCUAUCCUUUUCUCUCUCUUUAAAACCCUUAAUUCUUGCUAUAUAUAUAUAAGUUUUACUCGUUUAAAACCAUGUCUCUACCACCACUAUUCCCUUCGCAUGCUUCAUUUAAAAGUGAGUGAGUGUGUAAGAGUGUAAAAGCUCAUUAAACCCUUUUUUUUCUUUCCAAACAAACCCUAAAAAGUAUAGAGAAUUUGGAUAUUUGUUAGGUAAAUCAAAAGAUGUGGAUGAUGGGUUAUAAUGAUGGUGGUGCUGAGUUCAACAUGCCUGAUUCCUUUAAUGGUAGGAAACUUAGGCCUUUAAUCCCUAGGCCAAACAACAACUCUCCUUGUUUAAGCCGUAUCAAUGGCUCCGAUUUCUUUGCACUAAGUAUGGGAGACCAAAACAAGAGGGAGUUCAAUACACAACCAGCUGUUGUAGUGAGCUCGAGAUGGAACCCAACGCCCGAGCAGUUACGUACACUGGAAGAGCUUUAUAGACGAGGUACUCGGACACCAUCGGCCGACCAAAUCCAACACAUAACAGCACAGCUUCGUAGGUACGGUAAGAUAGAAGGGAAGAAUGUUUUUUAUUGGUUUCAAAACCAUAAAGCAAGGGAACGUCAAAAACGCCGCCGGCAAAUGGAAUCAACUCAAGAUGAUCAUCCCGACAACUUUGAAAGAAAAGAUUCAGAGACGAAUAGGACAGGUUAUGAAGUUGAACAGACCAAAAACUGGGCACUCCCUAUAAACUGCAGUACACUAGCAGAGGAAUCUGUUUCAAUACAAAUGGCAGCAAAAGCAGCAGUGUCAGAAUGUAGAGCAGAUGGAUGGAUCCAAUUCGAGGAAAGAGAAUUACAGGGAAGCAAGAACUUUGUCGAAAGGAAUGACACGUGGCAGCACAAAAUGCAAUUCUCUUACUCAUGCCUAUCACCUGUUCUUAGCCCUAAUCCUACCUCUACGACGGCAGCGAUUAGCACUGUCACCACCGUCGCCCCACCGCCACCAAUAAGACCAAUGGACCCAAAGCACCAAUACCAACACCAACAGCUCUUUAAGACUCAUCAUGGUCUUAAUAAUAUCUUUAAAUCACCAUGCAGAUAUAACAACAACAAUGCCAAUGUCUUUGAUUUCAACUUUGUUAGAAACCAAGAGGCUACACUUGGAGAAUGUGACUCACAAACCCUACAACUCUUCCCUCUUCGUAGCGGUAACGAUGACGGUUCCGAUGAUUCCAACGAGAAAGAAAACGAGAUAUCGAUCGCCACCGCCCCGGGGAAUGCUAACCUUGGUGGUCCUAAUUAUCAGUUCUUUGAGUUCCUUCCUUUGAAGAGCUAAAAUGGAAAACAAUGGAGGGAUAUUUUUUAAAAAAUUUUACUUAUUUUGCCAUGUAGGUAAAUGUUAGAAAUGUUGGGUCAUGUUUAGAUUAUGUAGGUGUUUUUUGUUAAAAUGUGCCAUCAGUACUAUUCCCAAAUUUGAAACUUAUUUAAUGUAUUUUAUUUCCAAAAUUUUAA